CUCUACCCAAAACACCUUCUCCAAAUUACUUCAUAAUAAUUUAACCCACCCUCAACCACCACUCACCACCAUCAUGCAACCCAUUUUUAUUCCAUUUUUCCACCACACCCCUCCAUAACUAAAAUUAUUAUUUUACCUUUUUACAUUAUUUUUCUACUUCAAACAACAGUAAUAAUGUCAGCCGUCACUAACACAAACACACCCACCACCACACAACCACCUUCUCCGCCGGCCACAGCCACCAUUACCGACCUAGUGGCGGCGCCGUCGCCGGAGCUAACCACCGACGAGAUGGCGGUGAAGGCUGUGCAUAAACGGUAUGAGGGGUUAGUGAUGGUACGGACAAAGGCUAUUAAAGGUAAAGGGGCCUGGUAUUGGGCCCAUUUAGAGCCCAGUUUGAUUCGUCACCCGGAUACCGGGUUGCCGAAAGCGGUUAAGCUUCGUUGCUCCUUGUGUGAGUCUCUCUUUUCGGCUUCGAAUCCGUCACGGACGGCUUCCGAGCAUUUGAAACGAGGGACUUGCCCGAAUUUUAAUUCCGGGUCAAGCCCGAACCCGAUUUCGGUUGGGAUGGUGGAUUUGGGUGGUUCUCCGACGUCUUCGUCGUCGCCGGUGAGUGGCCGGAAACGGAGCUCUGGUAACCGCCGUGGCGGCGGCGGUGGCGGUGGUGGUGGUGGGUUUAAAGUGAGUGAUUUGGAAACUACUUAUUCGGUUGCUCCGAUUACUAUGAUUGAGCCGCCGAGAUUUUCGGUUGAUGUCUCGUACCCGACCCGACCCGAACCGGUUCAUGUGUUUUCACCACAUCAUCAUCAUCAUCAUCACCAGCAACAACCACAACAACAAAAGCAAGUACAGCCACAUGUGGUGUUGUCAGGUGGGAAAGAGGAUUUAGGGGCUUUAGCUAUGUUAGAAGAUAGUAUAAAGAAGCUUAAAAGCCCAAAAGCCUCACCGGGUCAAACGUUGACCAAAGCCCAAAUAGAUUCAUCACUUGAAUUGUUGGCAAAUUGGGUGUAUGAGAAUUGUGGGUUGGUUUCUUUUUCAAGUUUGGAGCAUCCAAAGUUCAAGAGUUUCUUAAACCAAGUCGGGUUACCCGCGGUAACCCGACGGGAGCUCGCGGGCGAACUACUCGAGUCCAAGUACAAAGAGGCAAAAGCCGAGUCGGAAGCCCGAAUUCGCGAUGCGUUGUUUUUUCAAAUAUCAUCAGAUGGGUGGAAAGUAAAGAAGAAUAAUAAUUCAGGUGAAGUUGAGAAUUUGGUGAAUGUGUGUGUGAAUUUGCCUAAUGGGACUAGUGUGUUUAGAAGAGGGGUGUUUACAAGUGGAUAUGUUUUUUCAAAGCAUGCUGAGGAUGUUUUGUGGGAAACAAUUUGUGACAUUUGUGGGAACAACUUGCAACAAUGUGUGGGGAUUGUUUCUGAUAAGUUCAGGAGUAAAGUUUUAAGGAAUCUUGAAAACCAACAUCAUUGGAUGGUGAAUCUAUCUUGUCAGUUUCAAGGGGUUAGUAAGUUGGUUAAAGAUUUUAGCAAAGAAUUGCCAUUAUUUCACAAUGUGACUGAAAAUUGUUUUAAAGUUGCAAACUUUGUGAAUAGCAAGUCGGAAAUUAGACAUCUUUUCCUCAAGUAUCAAUUGCAAGAAUACGGUCGGGCUGCGUUGCUGCAAGUACCGUUUUAUGGUGGUGGUGAAUUCGAGCCGGUGUUUCAGAUGGUGGAAGAUGUGUUAAGCUCGGCACGGGCAUUGCAGUUGGUUUUUCUUGAUGAGAGUUGCAAGAUGGUGUCGAUGGAGGAUCAAACCGGGAAGGAGAUUGAGGAGAUGAUGAUGUCUCAGUUUUGGAGCGAGUUAGAGGCGGUUCAUUCGUUGGUUGGAUUUAUCAAAGGAAUGGCUCGAGAGAUUGAGAAAGAAAAGCCGAGAAUUGGGCAAUGCUUGCCGUUAUGGGAGGAGCUCAGAGUGAAGAUCAAGGAAUGGUGUGGGAAGUUUCAUAUCAAUGAGAAUCAUGUAGACAAGGUGUUUGAUAAUAGGUUUAGGAGAAACUAUCACCCUGCGUGGUCGGCUGCGUUCAUUCUCGAUCCGUUCUAUAUGAUCCGGGAUACAAGUGGGAAGUACUUGCCUCCUUUCAAGUACUUGACUUCUGAACAAGAAAAAGACGUUGACCAGCUUAUAACAAGGCUUGUAUCACGCGAAGAAGCUCACAUUGCGCUAAUGGAACUCAUGAAAUGGAGAACCGAGGGGCUUGACCCUAUGUACGCACAAGCAGUCCAGUUGAAACAAAGAGACCCCAUAACUGGUCAAAUGAAAAUAGCUAACCCACAAAGUAGCAGACUGGUUUGGGAAACUCAUUUAACCGAUUUCAAGUAUUUAAGGAAAGUAGCAAUGAGGUUGAUCUUUCUUCAUGCCACUUCAUGUGGGUUCAAAUGGAGUUCCUCUAUAUGUAGAUGGGCUCAAUCAAGAACGGGGAUGGAUAAGGCGCAAAAGUUGAUAUUCAUUGCUGCCCAAUCGAAGCUCGAGAGACGGGAUUUUUCAAACGAUGAAGAUAAAGAUGCCGAAUUUUUCUCGAUGGCGAGUCGAGAGGAUGAUGUGCUCAAUGAUGUUAUGUUUGAUGCAUCUUCUUUGUGAAAACCCAUCUUUUUUGGUUGCUUUUGAUGAUUAUAAUCCAUAGUUUAUGUAGGA